AUGACCGACUCCGACAACCCCCUGAUCCUCGUGACAGGGAACAAAAACAAAGUCCUAGAAGUAAAAGCCAUCCUGGGGCCCACCGCCACGCUCGAAGUCCUGGAUAUCAAUCUCCCCGAGAUCCAGGGUAGUGUGGAAGAGAUUACGCGUGAGAAAUGUCGCGCGGCAGCUGAGACUAUAGGAGGGCCUGUGUUGGUUGAAGAUUCGGCGCUUGAGAUGCGCGCGUUGGGUGGUUUGCCUGGGGCUUAUGUAAAAGCAUUCGUGGAAACAAUAGGCAACGAGGGCCUUAACCGAAUCCUCUCAGCCUUCGACGAUAAAUCCGCCGAAGCAGUAUGUACGUUCGGAUAUUCCCAAGGACCAGGACAUGAGCCUCUUCUAUUCCAGGGUCGAUUGCAAGGACGCAUCGUUCCAGCUAGGGGCGUUUCAUCUUUCGGUUGGGAGCCGAUUUUUGAAGUCGAAGGGGAGGGAGUGACGUUGGCGGAGAUGGAGGUUGGGAAGAAGAAUGGACUUUCGCAUCGCUUUAAGGCGUUGGUGAAGUUUAGAGAAUGGUUUUUGGGCGCUAGGAGGCCUGUUUAG